GUAGUUGACGAGAUUCCGAACAUGUUUCGUUCCAAAAUCCAGACCAUGGCUGAUGAAACAGUGGAAUUCGGCAUUAAUAAGAGUUAUGCACAGAAUUACAAUAAAUGGAGAAGGAAAGAAGAAAUGCAGAAGUACAAAGACAAAUAUGGUGAUUAUGACGAAGGAGAUGAAUCCAGCUCUUCAGAGACUGAAGAUGAAGAUGCAGAGGGUCUCACCCCGCAGAUUGAGAAAGAUUUCUUCAAGACUCUAUCCAUCAUUAAGAGUAGAGACCCCAAGAUGUACACAAAGGACAUCAAGUUUUAUCACAGUGAAGAUUCUGGUUCAGAUGAUAACCAACAAGGAUCAUCGUGCAGACCUAAACAAAAUAAAGAAUCCUCAAGAAAAGAUAAACCUAUGUACCUGAAAGACUAUGAAAGAAAGAUCAUUGUAGAGAAGGAAGGAAUGUUCACUGAUGAUAUAAAGAUGCAGGGCAGUGAAGAGGAAAUUGACAGGGCCAUGUCUCCAACAUAUGCAGAGGAGCAACAACAUUUGAAAGAUAGCUUCUUCUCAGCUGUCCAGGAGGAGGAGGAGGAAGAUGAUGGAAUCCUGACUGUAAAGAAAAAGUCAAAGUCGGAAGAGGAAGAGGAAGAAGAAAAGUACAUUGAAUGGUUAAAACGAGAAGAGGAUACUCUUGGACAAGAUGAUGCUGACACUGCAGAGUUGAAUCCUCUGAGGAAGUUUUGGACCAAUCCUGCUCUUGAUGACGGAGAAAAAUUCUUAAGAGAUUUUAUUCUCAAUAAAGGCUACAUUGAUAAAGAACAAACUGGCAGGGAUGGCUUCAAUAUGGAUGAUCAAGAUGGUGAUGAUGAAGAGGAUGAUAUAGAAGAGGAAGAUUUCUCUGAAGAAGAAAGACAAUUAGAAGAACAGGAAGAUUUUGAAAGAAAAUACAAUUUCAGAUUUGAGGAGCCUGAUUCUGACUUUAUCAAGCGUUAUCCGAGGACAGUUGCAGAGUCAGUGAGGAGGAAAGAUUCAAGCAGAGCUGAAAAAAGACAGGAGAAGAAAACAAGAAAAGAACAGGUAAAAGAGAAGAAAAAAGAAGAGCUCAAACAUCUUAAGAACCUGAAGAAGCAGGAGAUUAUGGAGCGCAUUGAUAAACUGAAAGAAGUGACCGGCAAUGAAAAGAUUGGAUUUGAUCCUGAUGACCUUGAAGGAGACUUUGACCCCACUGAACAUGAUCGUCUGAUGCAGAAAGUGUUUAGUGGUGAAUAUGAAGCUCAAGAAGAGCAUGCCAAACCUCAAUUUGCUAAUGAGGAGGACUUUGAAGAAGAGAAUUGGGAUGACUGGACACCAGCUAACCAAGACACAGAUGAGGCCUACAAUGGGUAUCAGGAAUAUGAUGAUGAGCAGUAUGAGGAAGAUACUCAACUACACUAUGAUGAUCCAGAUUUUAAUAUGGAUGCAGAUUACAUAGAUCCUAGCCAGAUACCAGAGCAGUCCAGAUGGAAUCUAGCCAGUGAGAUGCUCGGGGCUAGUCGGAAGAAAAGAAAGAAGAUGUCCAUGUUUGCCAAGUCGCUGGUCAAGAAAAAACCUCUAUUCAAUCCAGAAGAUAAAUCAUUCGAGGAUUACAUUGAGGAGUACUAUCGGCUUGACUACGAGGACAUGAUCGGUGACUUGCCUUGCCGAUUCAAGUACCGCACUGUCCCUCCCAAUAACUUUGGCCUGACGACCGAUGAGAUUCUUCGCUCCCGAGAGAAAGAGUUGAAUCAGUGGGUUUCAUUGAAGAAAACUUGUCAAUAUAGGUCUGAAGAGGAGGAGAAGAGAGACAUUACAUUAUUCCAGAAAAUGGCUCAAAAUGAAGGAAAAAAGAAGAGGAUAUUUCUCAGUAUGCAUGAAGAAAGUGACAGUGAGGAUGCAGAAGAUGCAGAUAAUGCUCAAUCAAGAACACAGUCAGAAUCUAAGUGUAUAGGUGGCAAACAGCGGAAGGGUGGUAGAAAACAGAGUGAUUGCAGUUCUUCCUCCAUGAAACCAUCUGCAGAUAGCAGGAAGACAAAGGAAAUGACCCACAUCCAAAAUGAUAUAAGUCCAUCAGAUGCUGUAGGAGUUCAGACAACAGUAUCCUUGAAUGGAAGGAACAUUCUAAAGCCAAAUCGGAUGAUGGCAGCAGACAAAGAAAGUCUAGAAACUGAAGAAUCCAUGGGUGAUACAUCAUCUAGCAAAUCGGCCCUCUCGUCUCGAGAAAAGAAGAAACAGAGAAAGAGAGAGAUCCUGGCCAGACUGAAAGGACUAAAGACAAGGAAGAAAGUGAAACAACUCGAUGUGAUGAGGGGCAGGGUGAAGGUUGGUGCAGGAACAGUGUCUGAAGCCAGACUUAAAGCCUAUGGAAUAAAUCCAAAGAAGCAUAUGUAUCGGAUGAAGAAUGAGAUUGCAAAGAAAUGA